AUCCUUCACUAGCUUCUCGCUAGAUCAAUCACAAUGGGUAAGCUUGUGGCUCUUAGCUUCGUUGUCCUCCUAAGCGUUGGACUAGCCAAUGCUAGCAGGGUAGCUAGAUAUGCUAGUGCUGGGGGUGGCGGUAGCGGCGAGGGAGGAGGUGGUGGGUCGGACGGUGGUUCCGGCUGGGGAUCUGGCUCUGGCUCAGGAUAUGGCCAGGCGGGCGGUGAUGGAUCAUAUGCUAGUGGAGGUGGAGAAGGAGGCGGUGGAGGCGGUGGAGAGAAUGGUGGUUCCGGAUAUGGUUCCGGUUCUGGGUCUGGGUAUGGGCAAGCUGGUGGGUCUGGACCAUAUGGUGGUGGGUAUGCUCAGGGAGGAGGUGGUGGCCAGGGUGGCGGUGGUGGACAAAAUGGUGGAUCUGGAUAUGGUUCCGGCUCUGGUUCAGGGUACGGUCAAGCCGGAGGGUAUGGACCGUAUGGCGGUGGAUAUGCUCAGGCUGGUGGCCAAGGUGGCGGCGGCGGUGGUGGACAGAGUGGUCCAGGCGGCAGCGGAUAUGGUAGUGGCUCAGGAAGUGGUUCGGGAAGUGCCUACGGUGGACAUCCAUAGAAGUGCUUCACCUAAAUAACCUAGCAGUACUGACACUAUGUGCUGCCUGGUUUGAGAGGUGUUGUUAUUAGUUUGCGUGAAUAAUAACCAAAUAAAGGGCUUCACUUGGAUGUAAUAAUGAAAGUGGUCUUGUAUACCACUACAGAUGUAAGCUCAUCAGUGUAAUUGAAAUGUUCGAUCAAUGAGUGUAUUGUAUCCUAUAUA